CAUUUGCAGGUUGCCUUAGUCCCUGACAUGGCGCCCCAUCGAGAUGUUCCAGGAGUUACCAUGGCUCACCUGGACAGACGCCGACUUGGCUGAUUUCGAUCCCGAUGAGAGUCGCGACCCCGUGAGCCAAGUCUCCGCAGCUGCCGAAGGCCUCCAUGGUCCAACGGCAGUGCACCUGGCUGCACAUCGUGCCCGCGAUGCGGUGCAUGUGACAACGUCCGAGCCCGGACAACGGCUGCUGCUGGGUGUCCAGACAGGACAGAGGGUCCUUCUGUUGGACAAAGAUCAUCCAGCAGUGUCGGCCCCGAGUGGCAUCAAGGUGGCUGUCCUUUGGGCGGUGAAGCCCGACGAUUUGCUCACCCAGUUGCCCAAGCACUUUGCCUUUGGAGAGCUCUUGGGACAGGGGCAGUUCUCAAAAGUGCUGGAGGUCACCGAGUGUGCCACUGGCCGUCGCUGUGUGGCCAAGACGCGCCUGAAGACGGACACGGCGGCGGCGGAGUUGUGGCAUGAGGCUAUGGCACUGAAGAUCUUGCAGAAGAGCUCGGUGUUUCCGGAGCCUGGCCGUGUCGAACGGGCGCUCGUCGAGGUCUUCCCUAGCUCUCCCAAACGUGACCGUUUGGGACUGCCAGUCCGGACUGCCGAUCAGGAAUUCCUUGGACUCUUCGUGGAGGGCGACAUGGAGUUCCUGGUCAUGGAACGUUUCCUCCAAAGCUUGGAGGACUUUCGCCUUCGAUGCAGAGGUUUUUUCGAUGCAGAGGUUCCUUUGAUCUGCUCGGUGGGUGUGCAGUUGCUGAGUCAGCUGGAGCAGAUGCAUCGGUUGAACUUAUCACAUGGAGAUCUCAAGACGAAGAACAUCGCCGUCGCUGCUGUCGUCGCCUCUGCGGACGGCCUGACGGUGCGCUUGAUCGACUUUGGAUGCUGCCGCCCUUACCGCGUGAACGGCCUCUACGUCUCUCCCCCCUCCGACCCGCGCGCUCCGAGCCGCGCACCACGCUGCGUCGGCACCACGCGCUACUGCGCGCGGGCGGCGCACGACGGCGAGCGCUCCCCCCGCUGCGACCUCGAAAGCUUGGCCUACGUCCUUAUCUACUUUGCCACUGGCCGGCUCCCCUGGCAUGGCUGCAAGGGCAGUUCACGCGAGAAUGGGAUGGAGAUGCUGAGAAUGAAGCAGGAGUUCUCCAACCUUAAGAGCUAUGUCCAAGAGUCUUUGCCCAAGCGCCUGGCGACCUUGCUGACGCGCUUGGCCGCCCGUUGCAGGGAUUUGACGCUGGAAGAGGAACCCCCCUACGAGGAGCUCCGAGCCUUGUUGACACCCUCGCCCAGGGCAAGCUCCCGUGGGCAAGCUCGAGGAUAUGCGAAUGAGGUCCCUGCAUCACAACCAGCGGACACGUUGACUGAAGGCACGAGCUGCAAGAGCUGAGCAAGCUGCAAGAGCUGAUGAUGGGAGGUCGCCAUGGCGACACCGGCGGCCCGCCCCUUCCGCGCUCCCGACGACGGCCGACGGAGACGGUGAAACCGAUGGAAGAGCGGAGCCCGGCCGAGUGACGGCCGUUUCACGGACGGUCUGG